AUGCCAAUUUCCAAAGGAUUCUUCAAGCUAUUUUUCAGGGCUGCUCAAAGGCAUCGUUUCCGAAUACAUUCAAAAUGGCGCAUCCGCUUCUGGCGUUCCAAAGUUGAAUUUGUUGCAUCUUUCUUUAGGGUUUUCCAAAGGGCUCAAAUUACAACGCCACAAGGGAAAUUCGCAGGAAAUUUUUCGCAUUUGUCUCCCUUGCUACCUUCGCAUGCGAUCAAAAGUGAAGGAUACGUUAGACGUAUUUUACUGCUUGGAAAUGGCCUUGUUGCGAUGCCCGUAAUCGACUACUUUGAACGAAGCUCCGCAAAAUUGCCAUUGGGAUCCAAAAUCAAAAUGACUGCCGUAGGGCUGACUCCAACCCUUUCCCCAUCAACGUCAAACGCAUCUGGGCCAUCUUGCUCGGUUGAUUAUAAUGGUAGCGAGUCCAAAUUCUCGUUCUCAUAUUUACAGUGUGAUCUUUUGAAUAACGAGGAUCUGUUAAAAAGCCUUGUCUCGUCUCACGAUAUCGUCAUUAGGGCCGAGGAAGCUGGGAUUCUCAUCCUUGGGGAGAUGGGACUCGAUCCCGGGCUUGAUCACCUUACCGCUUCCAAGAUGAUUGACGAAAUUGGGCCAUCAAACAUAACUUCUUUUCAAUCAUGGUGCGGGGGUCUUCCUGCUCCAGAGUGCACGGGAAUUGGAAAUCCGCUAAAAUACAAAUUCUCGUGGUCACCAAAAGGCGCAUUUUUAGCACUCAAUAAUAAGUGCAGAUUUCUUCUUGAUGGGAAGGUUGUAGAGAUCGAUAAGGGGGGAGCCUCUCUUGACCAUGCCUUUAGUUUUAGCGAUUUCAAUUUGAGCAGACACAAAAACAUAUUGACGCCAUCGCUAUUUCCUGGUUUUUGUUUGGAGGGAUUGGCAAAUAGGGACUCGCGAUGGCUUGAAAACUUUCAUACGAGGAACUCUGAGGCGGACGCAAUGAAACUUUUGUCGGUCAACACGGCGUCUCUUGACGCCGAAAAUCUAUUGGCUCUGCAGUGCGAUCUAAUGAUCAGAAAGCUUUCGUAUGAAAAUGGAGAGCGAGACCUGGUAUUGUUAGAGCACCGCUUGGAGGCCCAGAGGGACGGAAGGCUCG